AUGCCGGGGGAGUUUAAUGAUGAGGAACAUGAUACAGCCCAGGACCCCGAGGAGACCGGGCCUUUGCAGACACUGAGUCCGAGACGGCCGCCAGGCACGCAAUGGAAGGCAUCGUCGCGGGUAGUAGAUGAGACCCUUGCGCAGGGCCUGUCAAACGAGGAUCUGUUUAUGCUGAUCCGGCGAUUUAAUAAGCAAAUCUACCAUGUGAAAGCGGUUCAUGAUACCGCUUCCUUGAAUCUAGAUCUCAACCGCACGGAAAAUGAGCAGUUUCCACCGGAGAAGAUGCGCAUGACGCUUGAGAGGUUUUAUAUCUCUGUUGUCGUCGGCGUGACUGAGCUUUUCCGCCAUAUUACUCGACUGCGAUCAUGGAAGGAGCCGACUCGGACUACGAUUUUCUGCGCAGGCUAUUUUGUUGCUUGGGCUGUGGACCUCUUAGUCCCAACUAUAUUGGGUCUUGUCGUAGCCCUGAUAAUGGUCCCGCCUGUUCGAGUACUACUAUUCCCCGGUCUUGCAAAGACAAAAGAUCCAAAUGCAAGCAAUGUUACAGGGGCACAGACUGAAUCCGAAGAUAGCCUGACGGGUGCCCCUGAGAAUCACAAGGGCGAAGCCGCUGAACAAGAGGCCAAGAAUCUCGUUGACAGCUUUGCCGCCGUGGCCAUGGAGAGCGCGGCGGCUAAGUAUGGUCAAACUGUGACUGAAGAAGGUCCCGACAGACAUGCCAUUACCGAUGGCAUACAGGCCGCGGAGACCGCCGCGGAAACCCCAACCGGCGAUGCACCCGAGGACAAGACCAAGAAGCCUAUGAAAAAGAAGGUUGCACAUGCAACGGAUAGCGUUUUGCGCAUUUUGAGCGAUAUCACUGAUAUUUAUGAGAAGUUCGCCAACAUCCUUUCCCCAACUCCGCCAUUCUUUCUGGUUACGUCUAGACUGCGCCUCGCAAGCAUUUUCACAGUGAUAUCUCUCGUGACACCAUUCAUCUCUAGUUACUUGAUCAUCAAGCUCGUCGGAUUCGCGGUCGGACUCGGAUUCUUCGGCGAUCCCAUCUUCACCUUCACCUUAGAUCUGCUGAACAACAAAGUACCAAACUGGAAAGACCAUCUCGACUUACAGAAGACCCUACUAGCUGGCGUUCCCAACAACGCGCAGCUAACGUUGACACUCCUCCGAAUCGGCGAGAUCAACUCCUCACCACUACCACCCGCCCCAUCGCCCUCCGACGACGGGCCGUUAUGGCCAAUCCGCCGCAAAAAGACCCAGACAGGGAGCUCGACAGACCUCAGUGUACAGGGUUCCUCGGAUCUCAAAUCAACAAACUCCGACGGUACCCCGUUGGAACCAAACCCCCCGAAGAAGAAAUUUAUCUUCAAGUUCCUCAAGUUCUUCCGCCGCACAAUUGCAACAGCAAUCAAAGGCCACAUCGCCUUCGACCGCGCAAUGGCAAUCGCCGGUUCAGCACAUACCAAGAACCUGAUCGGAAUGCUGCAGCAGCGACACUUUGCGGCAACGCCGUUUGGGCCUUUGAAAUUCGAUGCAAAGUUUGAGCGUAAGAGAGGCGCGGCCGUUAUCGAUUCGUCGAAGGAGCCUCCUAUCUUGUACUUUACUACGUAUCAGUCCAGUGGAUUGGAUGAUCUUCGGCUCGAGAGUCGGAAGAAGGGCUCUGUGCUUUUCCAGAUCCCUGUUACUGAGAUCAAGGAGCUGAAGAAGACGGAGGGACUUGGUUGGAAGGGGAAGUUGAUUGUUGAGUUGACGGCUGGGAGUAAGGAGGCGGCUGAUGGGUUGGUUGUUCGUGGUGAUGAGCCGGAACAGUUUUAUCAUCUUACUGGGAUGAGGUCCCGGAAUCAGUUGUUCAAUCGGUUGGUUGCUAUGGAUGCGCAGUUUUGGGAGAGUCGGUGA